AUGCUCUUCAACUCAAUUCUAGGAGCCUCCCUCCUUCUCUGCAUUUGCCAUGCCGCUCCCUCCCCACCCGACGCCACGCGCAUGCGCAUCCGCAGCAAUCACGAUCCCCUCAUCCGAGACUCCAUGAUUCUCAGCCACCUCGAGGCGACCACGGGUCUCAAGCCUGAACGCACGCAGAUGCUCGACGGCGGAGAAUACGAGGAGUACUUCGUAGUCGAGCCCACGGACUACGAUGCCGCAUAUUUGUCGCUUAUGGCCUCGAACAACGCCUCCUCCGUUGCCGAGAUCGGUUUCUCGCACAACGAAAACGCAUCAGGACUGCAAAAGCGCGAUAUCGUUUACAGUGCGCUGUGCUAUCAGGAAGGCACAAUGGGCUAUGUGCAAGUUAUUGGUCAGGUUCUACCUACUAUCUGUACUGGGUUUACGUUCGCAGUGGGGUACGCUGGAAAAACUCAGAUUAUCCGCCGGUACGGACUCAACGACGUCAACGGCAAUAGAAUGGUCCUUGUCGUCUCGUACGCGUGGCAUGGCUUCGCUUUUGCGAGCGCGAAUGCGUGCGCAAGCACGCUCUCGUACUAUAUUAGCGAGUAUUGCGAGAACGAGAAGAACGGCCGCGAGACAACUCGUGGCGGAUCAGUCACAGCUGAGCAGGAGAACAAUUGCGAUUCUUCCCCUUGUCCUGUUCGAGCUGAUGCCAGCAUCGACCCGCGCCGUGCGUGA